AUGGGGGCCAGCAUCAAAGAAUUCAAUCCAAUAAACCAUGUAGCCCCGCCAAUGCCGUUAGUCUUGACUGUUAACAGACACGACAUUGUAGCAAGUACUCUCAAGCAGUUAAACAACAAAUCACAACAAGACUUACAGAAACCUUUGAUGGUGAAAUUUGAAGAUGAAUCUGUAGUUUUUAACGUUAUACUUCGCAAGGAGUUCUUUUUGCUGAUUUUCCGAGAAAUUCUUAAUCCAGAAUUUGGGAUGUUCAAGGAAUAUGGCAAAGCACGAACAAUUUGGUUCAAUCCUCAGGUAUCAUUUUUAGUACAUAGUAGAUUUAGAAA